AGUACCUCGAACUGCAUCUUACUAACAAAGCCAUGGAAUUCAUUACCAUUACCAUGUUGUUUUCUUUAUUUAUUAUUGUUUCCUCUUUCUUCCUCUUCACCUCCGCCGCCGACGGCCGCCGGAAAAACCUCCCUCUCCCGCCGGGCACCCUCGGCUGGCCAUAUAUUGGUGAAACUUUCGAACUCUACUCCCAAAACCCAAAUGUCUUCUUCACCUCGAAAGUCAAAAAGUAUGGCUCAAUCUUCAAAACCCACAUCUUAGGCUGUCGUUGCGUCAUGAUUUCAAGCCCUGCGGCUGCGAAACUCGUCCUUGUGACCAAAUCUCAUCUCUUUAAGCCCACAUUUCCGGCGAGUAAAGAAAGAAUGAUCGGAAAACAAGCGAUUUUCUUCCAUCAGGGUGAUUAUCAUUUCAAGUUAAGACGUCUUGUUCUUAGAGCAUUCACGCCGGAAUCAAUCAAACACAUGGUUUCCCACAUUGAAUCCAUCACCAUCGAUGCCCUCCAAUCAUGGGAAAACCGAUUAAUCAACACUUUUCAAGAAAUGAAAACAUUUACAUUCAACGUCGCAUUGCUUUCAAUUCUGGGAAACGAUGAAGUUCUCAACAGAGACGAUCUCAAGCGAUGCUAUUACAUCCUCGAAAAAGGGUAUAAUUCAAUGCCGAUUAACCUUCCGGGAACUCUGUUUCACAAAUCAAUGAAAGCUAGAAAAGAACUCGCGAAGAUCAUAGCCAAAAUCAUAUCGCGUAGAAGGGAAACGAAGGAACAACAUAACGACUUGUUGGGUUCUUUCAUGGAAGACAAAGAAGGACUCACCGACGAACAGAUCGCCGAUAACGUCAUCGGAGUUAUCUUCGCCGCCAGAGACACCACCGCGAGUGUUUUAACAUGGAUCAUCAAGUACUUAGCUGAAAAUCCAGCCGUUCUAGAAGCUGUCACUGAUGAACAACAGGCAAUAAAGAUGAGUAAAGAUGAGUGCAAUGAAGACAAGGGUUUGAGUUGGGUAGAUACCAAGAAGAUGCCUAUAACUUCUAGAGUCAUUCAAGAGACACUCAGAGUUGCUUCGAUCUUAUCUUUUACCUUCAGAGAAGCUGUUGAAGAUGUCCAAUUUGAAGGGUAUCUUAUUCCUAAAGGAUGGAAGGUAUUGCCAUUAUUCAGAAACAUUCACCAUAGUGAAGAAAAUUUCUCUAAUCCAGAGAAGUUUGAUCCUUCAAGAUUCAUGGUGGCACCGAAACCCAAUACAUUUAUGCCAUUUGGCAGUGGGAUCCACUCGUGUCCAGGAAAUGAACUUGCGAAAUUGGAGAUUUUGGUGCUCGUACAUCAUUUGACCACAAAGUACAGGUGGUCAGUGGUUGGUGCACAGAAUGGAAUUCAGUAUGCACCAUUUGCUCUUCCCCAAAAUGGCUUACCCAUUAAACUCUCUCUCAAGUGAUGCCCCUAUAGAAUUAGUCAACGCUCAAUUUUUGUUUGACUGUUGACUAUUUUAGUCAAAGUAAACGAAGGAAACCCACACCAUGAAGACAGAUGAGAUUUUGUCCAUUUCCAUUUAAAGGCAUAUGAUAAAAGGACAAGUAAAUUGUAUAUAAAACGUCUCCUUAAGUCAGAAGUCAGAAGUCAGACGUAAGAAAAGAUAGAUAUUUGGUGGUGAUUUUGUAAUAAAUAAGAAGCUUGGGGGGUUUAGGUAAUAUCUAUUUAGGGUGAUGAUAUCAUGAGAUAUUUCAUAAUUGAGCUUUUCAUUGACUUUACUUCUUGUACAAAGUCCGCAAGGC